GAGAAAAUUCCGAUGGUGGUGCCGAGUUACGAGUUCACGACGACGACGCGGGAUCAGUGAGCGUCGCGACGCCCGCCGGUGAAGUUGGUAAAAGCGUGCACUAAUCGGUCAAACUUUUCACAUAGUGAACGUUCGAUACAUUGCGGACAUUUCUCUUCGUUCUUUUUUUGAAGAGAAGAAAUGAAAAAAUAUGGACAACAAAGGGAUACAAGAAACGAAGUAAAUCUUUUUGAAACAUUUGUUCAUCUUUUUAUUGUAUUUUUUCGAAUAUAAGUUCCUCGAUUACGCGCGAUACCAAGUGAACCGCGCUCACGCGCACGAUUAUGGGGCUAAAUGGGGGCUGAUGGACAUUUUCGAGUGACCUUGUCCCUCAGAAGGGAACCAGCGGCGGGCCCAGUUUAUUGUAAAAUGGAGACUUCCGCAAGAUUUCGACAGCUUAAAACCGUCAAACUCAGCUGCGAGGCUAUGUAUCGCCUCGACAUCAGCUUCAAGCCGCCGCAACUACUGCAAUCGUUGAGCAUUGGAGGAAAGCAAGUGGAAGCUAUCGAGCGUGCUAGAGACGGUACAGCUUGCGCUUACAGCGCUUAUCAUAGCACAAAAGGAAUUCCUGCAAGCGCGAGGGGUCAUCGAGAGGAACUUUCGAUAGCCAUGCGGGUUCUUGGCUCUGGUUAUCUUACCACCUGCCUGCAAAUCAAAUAUUACCGUCAGGAUGAUCAGAGUCAUUGCGAAUGGGGAGCGAGAUUGCAUUGUAUCGAGCUCGAUUGUACAAGCGUUGAAGGGAGACUUGUUACUGUCGAUCGAGAAACUUACAGAAAGCUUGGUAUAGAAUCAUAGCGAUUAGAGUUAAUGCCGUAAUGAAGCCGGCAAUUUUUGUAGGUUAAAAGAAAAAUAUAUAUAUAUAUAUAUAGAAGAUAGGAUUUUCUUACAGCUAGACGGUUUCAAACCGGUAAUUUGCUUAUUGGAUGCGACUUAAAUCUAUUUCUAGUGGUCACAACUUAUUUGAUCGUUUGUGAAAUGCAUUAUUUUUUUUUUUUUUAAUACAAUUUUUGUCACUUUCGAAAAACAACGUUGCUUCGGGAUAAUUUUGAAUAUCGUAUUUGGCGCUUUCAGUCAUUUUGUCAUUAAACGAUAAAAAAUGUAUUAUCGAGAGAUCAAAUAUAACGGUUUGAACAAAGUUUGUACGUAGAUGGUAGUACGAUUUGUGGUAAGAUAUUUAAUUUAAAGGGUGGAAAAAUGAAUUAAAUCAUAAAAAAAAUCACUUUUACUAAUGCUAAUAAAUAUAAAAGAAAAUAUAAGAAAAAGAAAAAAUUGAGUAAAGGAAAUGACAAAGCAAGAUAAUAUUGUGCUUAUAAUGCUUUCUCAAUGUUUCGCCAAAUCGUGUGAAUGGCCGAUAGAACGAAUGUUGCAUGCCUGUAAACGCGAGUUUCAUAAUUUGACGAUCGAAAUGUUUGCUUUGUACGAUAAUAUACCGUGGCAUGGAAUCAUCUAAACGAAGUAAGUACUCUCUUUAUCUGAAUGUAGAGUUUAAUACACAACGACGGAAAUAUGGUAUAUCGUGUAUUGCCGUGCUUUCUUAUAUAUGCUUAUAUAUGCGGCAUGUGUGUGUGUGAAUUGCAAUUAUGAAUAUAUAUAUGUUAUGUAUCACAGCGCUUACUUUUUGAUUCUGUGCUGAAAAUGUUUGGAAUUCUUGAAAAAAAACGAUCUAAAAUGAAAUAUCAAUAUUCCGUGAAAUUUGAAUGUUCGUAAGAUAUAUUUUAAUAACAUUUAAAUACGAGAAAAAACUUAAUAAUUUUUGAAUAAAAUAAAA